GAGUGAUUCAUCUCAUAGACUUGCCUGACAGCUCUUCCGCAUCCUGAUCUGCAUAUAAGAAGUGUGCUGGCUGGGACACUACUAUCCCUGGACAUCACCACUAAAUCCUCCACUAUGUUCACUCUCCAGCUCCUGUUCAGGGCCAGCCCUGCAGCCCUGCUCCUGGUUCUGUGCCUACAGCUGGGGAUCAGCACAGCUCAGGAAGACACUCGAAGGGCGAUAAUACUCAAUAUGGACGUUCCACAGACAGCAAGCGCAGGUGAAGAAAUCACCUUGAAGCUUAAUGUUCAGACAGAAUUGAGAGAAUGUAUGGUGAUUAAAACUUACCUCAUAAGCAGUACGCCAAUUGAUGGUGCCUUCAACUAUAAAUAUACUUCUUGCCUCUGUGAUGAUUAUCCAAGAAACUUCUACUGGGACUUUCAGAUCAACAGGACUGUAAAAAUCGCAGCAGUGGUUGACAUUGUCAGGGAGCUGAAUAUCUGCCCUGAAGAUAAAGCAGUGGUACCUAUCUGGACAAAUCGGGUUUAUGCUUUACAUACCCUGUACAUAUAUUAAUGGAAACUCUUGUGUGUCUCACA